GAACCGAGUGAACACGAAAAAGAGAUACAAACGUUCGCACGGUUCUUCAAAAGAAGAAGAAUAAACCUAGGAUUCACUCAGUGCGACGUGGGCUUGACAAUGGGCAAGCUAUACGGCAACGACUUUAGCCAGACGACCAUAUCGAGAUUCGAGGCCCUCAACCUCAGUUUGAAGAACAUGAGCAAGUUAAAGCCACUGCUACAGAAGUGGCUCGAUGACGUCACGCUGGCUUCCAACAAUCGAAACAAUCAAGUCUGUUUUUUUUUACAUUUUUUCAUUGAUAACCUAUUUUCUCUGAUGAGGAAACGGAAGAAGAGGACGAAUAUCGAUCAGCCAAUCAGGAUGGCCCUGGAAAACUUCUUCAUCAGAAACUCCAAACCUUCCGUCGACGAGAUAUCCACGGUGGCCAACAAUCUUCACAUGGAUAAGGAGGUUGUGCAGGUGUGGUUUUGCAACAGACGGCAGAAAGAGAAGCGUGUGAAC